GGGGGGGGGGGCAAUGUGGCGGUCAACAACACUAUCUGCGUGCGGGCAUGGUUCAACCGGCCCAACUGCCGCAACUCGGGCCGGAAAUCCUUCUGGUCAUUCAAUAUCAUGUGGCACUCAUUGAUCACGAUCCGGUCCAAUCACCGGGUCUGCUGCAAUCGGUUGAUGAAUGUCUGCAAAUCCUCGACCACGGCGGACUCGGGCGUGACCAACACGAUCAUCGUGCCCCCGGGUUCCGUGAAUGCCGGAAACAUGAACAACAUACUCUUGCCCCCCUCAUGGGCAUCACCGCCACCCACGGCUCUCCCCAUCUUCGAUCGCCCGCAACGCCGGCACCUGCACGCCGCGGAACUGGAUCGUCUCGGUCCCGGUCAUCCGCUGCAACGUGGUGCGCAUGUCCAUGACGUUCAACCGGUGCCGCCGCAUGGUGCGGUCCUCCUCCGCCUCAUCCUCCACGGGGAUCGCUUGCGCUUGCCGAUCCCGGGCCCCAACGCCGCGGCGGCUGCAAACCCCCAAAACCGGUGCCAAUCCGUGCUGGACAAUCGAAAUAUGGCCCAGCGGCGCUUGGUGGUGUCGGCCUGCUCCGUGAUGCCGCGCGCGUACACCAUCCCCGCCAAAUGCGACGAAUGCGCUGCCUGCAAAUCGGCAAUGUGGCUUAUCCACUGCUCCUCGUCCAUGCCAUCCUCUCCGCGUCCGCGUUCAAUACCGCCGCCGCUAAUUCCCGCUCCUCCUGCAUGUUGCUGGCGAACGCGCUCGACGGCCUCUAACUGCUGGACAAACGGCAAUACCAACCACAAAUACCACACAAUCAACUCCCCCACCUCCUGCGGCACGUAUCGGUGGAUGGUCUUCACAUCAUUGUUGGCGUAAAACCCCUUGUGGUACGCGGUGAACAACAUGACCAUCCUGUCUUCAA